AUGCUGAUUACCGCCGUUGACCUAUCCCUCAACACUGACAUCCACCUCUACUGUGCUUUUUCCGCCUCGUACAGGGAAAUCAGGGCCGAGUGCGUCCGCAGCAUCGAGCAAGACGGCGACCACGUCCGUGCCGCCGUGCUCGAAGUCUUUGAGCCCUACGACCUGCCCGCCCAGACCCUAGACGACCUCUCUGCCCACCUCGCCCGCUCGCCGCGCCAGGUCGACUUCCUCAUGCAGUUCCAGCACUGCGAGCAGGAGCCCGCCUCGAACCGCGCCGCCAUCUCUGCCCUGACCAUUGCCGCCGGCUACCUCUUUGGCGGCCUCAUCCCGCUGUUCCCGUACUUCUUCGUCGGCGAGGGCCAGGUCGACCUCGCGCUGUGGAUCUCCGUGGCCGUCAUGGUCGUUGCGCUGUUUGCUUUUGGAUACGUCAAGACGUGUGCCGUCAGUGGUUGGCACGGCGGCCGGUGUGUGUGGGAGGCCGUCAAGGGUGGUCUCGAGAUGGUCGUCGUGGGCGGAGCCGCGGCUGGAGCGGCCAUGGGACUGGUGAAGUUAUUUGACGGCAUGGCAAAUGGAGGCACUACUGUUAUCAUGUAG